AUGACCUUCACCGUCACAGCCCUGCUCUGUCUGGGACUGACUCUGGGCCUCAGGACCCCAGUGCUGGCAGGGGCCCUCCCUAAGCCUAUCCUCAAGGUACAGCCAGACUCAGUGGUCUACAAGCAGACUACAGUGACCUUCAUGUGUGUGGAGACCACAGGAGCCAAAAAGUACCAUCUGUAUAAAGAUGGAAAACAACUUUUAAGGCACAGAGAGAUUCUACAGAAUCCUAAAAACAAGGCUGAAUUCUCAAUCUCAAAAGUAAAAGACAAUCAUGCAGGACGUUAUCAAUGUCGCUAUCAAACUCAUGAUGAAUGGUCAGAGUUCAGUGACUCCCUGGAGCUGAUGGUGACAGGAGCACACAGUAAACCCAGCCUGUCAGCCCAGCCCAGCCCUGUCGUGUCUGAGGCAGGAAAUGUAACCCUCCAGUGUGUCUCAAAACAACGAUACCACAGGUUCAUUCUGACUGGGAAAGGAACACGGAAUAUCUCCCAAAUGCUGGAUUCAGAGUAUAACUACUCUACUCAGUACUACAAGGCCCUGUACUCUGUGGGCCCUGUGACCUCCAGCCAGAGGUGGACAUUCAGAUGCUAUAGCAAUUACCUGAGAAGCCCGUUGGUAUGGUCAGAACCUAGUGACCCUCUGGAGCUCCUGUUCUCAGGGAUCCUCCACAAACCCACCAUCAAGGCUGAGCCAGGCUCUGUGGUUACCCCAGGAAGUCCCAUAACCAUUGGGUGUCAGGAGGAUGCAGAAAUAUGUGUUCUGCAUAAAGAAGGAAGCCAAAAUAAUCCCUGGGGCACACAGACCCGAGAGAAGCCUGAGAACAAGGCCAAGUUCUCCAUCCCUUUUGUGACACAGCAACAUGGAGGACAAUGCCUCUCCAAGAAGCCCUCUGUGCUGACUCACCAAGGACAUAUCCUGGACCCUGGAAAGAGCCUCACCCUGCAGUGUUGUUCUGACACCAACUAUGACAGAUUUGCUCUAUACAAAUUAGGAGGAGGUAACUUCACCCAGAAUGGUGUCAAGUGGACCCAGGAUGGCUUCUCCUUGGCCAACUUCACACUGGGUUCUGUGACCCCCUUUACUGGAGGCCAAUACAGAUGCUAUGGUGCACAAAACUUCUCCUCUGAGUGGUCAGCCUCCAGUGACCCCCUGGACAUCCUGAUCACAGGACAGCUUCCCUUCAGUCCUUCCCUCUCAGUGAAGCCUAACUCCACAGUACACCCUGGAGACAACGUGACCCUGCUGUGUCAGUCAACAUACAAGGUGGACACUUUCAUUCUGUCCAAGGAGGGAGCAGCCCACCAACCCCAGCGACUAAAAUCAAAGUCUGAAGCUUGGUAUUUCCAGGCAGAAUUCUCCAUGAAUGCUGUGACCUCUGACCUCUCAGGCACCUACAGGUGCUAUGGAUCUCACAACUCAUCUCCCUAUCUGCUGACACAAGCCAGUGCCCCUGUGGAGCUCACUGUCUCAGCCUCAGAGAACCAGGAUUACACAGUGGAGAAUCUCAUCUGGAUGGUAUUUUCUGUCAUGAUCCUCAUAGUCCUCGGGAUUCUGGUCUUUGAGGCUUGGGACAGCCAGAGACAGACCCACCAUGUAGCUGGGCUGUAA